CAGAAUGGAGGAGUUAACCACUUACUCUCUCUAGAACCUGAGUGAGUUGAGUACUGCACAUUUUUGGGAUUUUUCUUUUUUUUUAAUAAAAUGAGAGAAUCUGAGGGACCAGAAAUCUGACACAGUGCCUUCCGUAUGAGAGAGAUUUGAAGAUGGGUUUUUUGAUUUUUGAAUGCGAAUGUCAUUGUAGAUAGUAGUGUGUGUAGUUUUAAAAUUUUUCUCUCUUCCUCUCUCUCUAAAGUUCGAAUUUUUUCAGCUGGGGGAUUUCAAAUUUGAGGUUUCAUUUGAUUUUUUUAAUGGUUUCGACCGUUUAGUCUGCUUCUUUAGUAGGAAAUUAACAAACAAUGGGUUAUGGGCAUUUCUGAUUGUUAGGAUCACUGUGUUUUCAGGGUGGUAAAUAUCAAGCCGGCACUGAUUGCUGAUCUUGGAUGUAUCACUGCAUAGCAGGCUUCCUGUUUGGAGAAUGUGAUUCUCAGAGGCGUUUUCUUGGUUGCAAGUGAGAGAAGUUUGAAGAUUAAGCUAUUACUAAGUGUGUUGCUUUCUUGAGGGGAAAAAAAGAAAGGGACAAGCUUCAGGUGUCUGAGGCUUAAAGGAGACUGUUUGGUGGCUGUAAAUGGUGGAGUACUCUUAAUGCUAAGCAAUUCAAGGUUCAAGUUUCUCUGAAUUUCUGUGGAUACAGCUCUGGUGGAUCAAUAAACAUAUCUGAAAUCAUGGUGGAAGAAGGGUCGAAUUAUGUUUCAAGUGAUGAAACUUGGUCGGCAGAAGAAUGGUUAAGCCAUGCGCAAGAGCUUGUUCCGGAGGCACUUGACCGGGCCAGGGAGGUAAAGGGGUUCCCUAGCAGAUGGAAGAUGAUAAUUAGCAAAUUGGAGCAGAUCCCAUCUUGUUUAUCGGAUUUGUCAAGCCAUCCUUGCUUCUCCAAGAAUGCACUGUGUAAGGAGCAGUUGCAGGCGGUGUCAAAGACGUUGAAGGAGGUGAUUGAAUUGGCUGAAUUGUGUGUGAAGGAGAAGUAUGAGGGGAAGCUCCGGAUGCAGAGUGAUCUUGAUGCAUUGUCUGGGAAGUUGGAUUUGAAUUUAAGGGAUUGCGGAUUAUUGAUCAAGACUGGAGUGCUAGGUGAGACCACUUUGCCUUUAUCUGUAGCUAUUUCUUCAGCAGAACCAGAAACUUCAGUGCUUAGCCACAUAAGGGAAGUGUUUGCCAGGCUCCAGAUUGGUCACUUGGAGUCAAAGCACAAAGCUCUUGACUGUCUUGUUGAGGUCAUGAAGGAGGAUGAAAAGAAUGUCUUGUUGGUCUUGGGGCGGAGCAAUAUUGCUGCUUUAGUCCAGUUGUUAACAGCUACAUCUCCUCGUAUCCGUGAAAAGACUGUGACUGUAAUCUGCUCACUUGCUGAAUCUGGGGGUUGUGAGAAUUGGCUUGUUUCUGAAGGUGUUUUGCCACCUCUCAUAAGGCUAGUUGAAUCUGGCAGUGCAGUGGGUAAAGAGAAGGCCACAAUUUCUCUGCAGAGGUUGUCAAUGUCUUCAGAAAGAGCCCGAGCAAUUGUAGGCCAUGGUGGGGUUCGACCUCUGAUUGAGAUAUGUCGAACUGGAGAGUCUGUCUCCCAGGCUGCAGCUGCCUGCACAUUGAAGAACAUAUCAGCUGUCCCGGAGGUUCGACAAGAAUUAGCUGAAGAAGGCAUUAUAAUGGUUAUGAUCAAUCUUCUUGAUUGUGGAAUUUUAUUGGGUUCAAAAGAAUAUGCUGCAGAAUGCUUGCAGAAUCUCACAGCAAGCAACGAGAAUUUAAGAAGGUCUGUCAUCUCAGAAGGGGGAAUUCAAAGCCUUUUGGCAUACAUUGAUGGUCCUUUGCCCCAGGAGUCUCCAGUUGCAGCCUUGAGAAACUUGGUUGGCUUGGUUUCUAUGGAACUUUUAAUUUCUCUUGGUUUCCUCUCCCGUUUGGUUCAUGUUCUAAAAUCAGGAUCCCUUGGUGCACAACAGGCUGCUGCAUCAGCCAUCUGUAAGGUUUGCAAUUCAACAGAAAUGAAGAAAAUGGUAGGUGAAGCCGGGUGCAUUCCCUUGCUAAUCCGAUUGCUUGAGUCCAAAUCAAACAGUGUUAGAGAGGUUGCUGCUCAAGCUAUUUCCAGUUUGAUGACUCUCUCACACAAUUGUAGAGAAGUCAAGAGGGAUGACACAAGCGUGCCAAAUCUGGUCCAAUUGCUGGAACCAAAUCUGCAAAAUACAGCAAAGAAAUAUGCAGUUUCCUGCCUUUCAUCCCUCUCUUCAAGCAAGAAAUGCAAGAAGCUCAUGAUCUCGUAUGGGGCAAUCGGAUACCUGAAGAAGCUAUCGGAGAUGGACAUCCCAGGUGCCAAAAAGCUACUCGAGCGGUUGGAAAGAGGGAAGCUAAAGAGUUUGUUUAGCAGGAAGUAAAAGAAGAAAUGAUCAUCUUCUCCUUUAUUUCCUUUCCCUCCCUUUGCCUUAUAUGAUCUUUUGUUUCAUUUUCUGUAUGAAACGAAGUAGUUAAUGAUGCAAUGUACUAAUGUACGCUUUUUUGGCCAGUGUAAUCUAUCUGUUCACCCCCUUAUAUUUAUAAAUCAAGUUGCAUUUUAAGGUAAUUCUGAUGUAAUCAAGGUUCAUAUUGUGA